CUGACAGUGACCUUUAACAGGGUUUAGCUCGGUGUCUUCGUAAUAGCCAUAGCACGCUCGCCUCUGAAACCACAAGUUUUAUCGGCGCAAUUAUCUGAACAGCACAAACCGGCCGGCGACAUCAAUAUGGCCUCAGCCUAACAAUAGCGUAACUCGACAACUCAAAUUUAAGGCUUUUAAUUAAGUUCACCAUCCCGUUUACGAUUCCAAAGGACUUUGUGAUAGUCGAUUCCCCUCGGCGAUCGCCGUAUUCGGUUAGCUUUAGUUUAUAACCAACUUACGACACCUAGUUGUGUGAUGUAUUCAAAUCUAUUUUGUGUUUAGCUAUGCCGCAGGCGGAUCCGGUGAUAAUUGGGGCGCCGAAAGUGUUGAAGCCAGGAGAGCAGGUGUUCCUGAACUGCACGUCCGAUUUCUCCCUGCCACCGUCAGAAAUUAAUUGGUAUAUCGACGAGGAACUACAAAAGCCCGAAAUGUGGCAGAAGACAGAGGUGACGGGCAACCAGCCUGGCGGGCUGCGUCGCUCGUGGCGCGUGCUGCGCGUGCGCGUCCCUCCCACCGCCAGCGGCGCGAUGCGCGUGCGCUGCGAGUCGAUACUGCAAGUCGAUCCGCCCGUAGUGCGGGACGCGAAUACUAUUAUAACUAUACAUUCGCGCACCCAACUCUCCAAAUAUGUGUCUAAUAGUGGUACAAAAGUAGUCAAUACAGUCGUAUUAAUAGCAACAAUUUUAUUAUUGACUUAUAAUGAAAUAUCAAGGUUUACGAGCUUAUGAGAUUCGGUGUGAAAUAUUGUCUGGUGAUAUUAGUUAUAAGUGUAGAUAAUAUUGAGAACGGCCUGUAUUAACCUACUGACGAAUGUCACUACAUUAUGUAUACAAAACAAACAGAUGUUUAACUUUUUGGUACAUUAUGAGGCCAACUGGGUAUGAAAAACAAUCUUUUGGAUCCUUCACUUUCAGCUAGCAAUUAAUAUAAAUUUAUUGCUUCUUCGAAGUGACACAAAACUACUUCGAACAUUGAAUUAAAGUUUGGGAGAGAAAACUCUUAACUUCGCUAUCCGAUGCAUCUUGUUUGAGACGUCAUGUGACUUUAGAAAUCGAUUUGCUAAAACUUACAAUGGCAGUUCUUAAUGGGAACGUAUUAUGUCAUGUUUGUGCUGUGACAUAAUGACUGCACAAUAUAGUUAACUUCUAUCACACCUAACAACACAUAAAAUGUCAUAAUACAUUUUUUACAAUUUGCCCUUUGUAAAGAGUCUAUACACAUUAUGACGUCAUUUGUUAGCCCCAUAAUGUAUCAAAGCGUUUACAACACAAAUGUAACCUUCUUUUUAACACCUCUUUUAAGGAGAGAACUUAAAACCAAAA